CAACAAUCUAAUCCAAAAUUAACGAGGAUGCUCCUGUUACGAAGAACAGGCAUCGUGCUGCCACAAAGGCAGGACGGUCGAUGACACUAAACCAGAAUGGGUCAUGCUUGCGUCUGUUGGAACUUGAAAGUUUGCAUCAUUAUUCUCACUCCUUACAGUCGCAGAGAAAUCAGCAAGGCCGAUUUAGAUUCUCAUUAUUGUCAAUCUACAGCCCUUUUUCGCUACUUCGGCAGGCAGUUGGACGUUUUCUAUGCAUUAAAUCAGCCGUAGACUGCAGCAGAUCCGCAGUCAAUCCUAACGUGACAUCAUCAUCAUAUCAAAGCACAGCGCUGUGCUGCUAGCGCGCAGAUUCUGGGAAAACCUUCCCGCCAUGUUCCGACUUCCUUGAUUGUGGUGUACCUUUCUUAGACGCCAGUUACUUGAGAGGCCAAUAUCUUAUUUCCUCUAUGCUCGAACAUGUCAGCAGUACGUUCAAUCGCGCCUGCAGCUUCCGCAACGAACCCAAAAAGAGCUCCAACGUUUUUCGAACGCCUUGCAACCGCCUUGAUCUACGUUAUUGCAUUUCCUUUCAUUGCUGCUUUCAUCGCAGUCAAACGAAUCUUCACCGAGCGAAAAGAGCACCACCACUCGUAUUACGACAGACUCCCGGAUCAGCACAUGCUCGGUGGACAAAACAAGUCAAGCGAGCCGGGUGGGUCGACAAACUCUUAAUAGUGAAUCAAUGCUCGGAAAAAACGGGAUCGGCAAACGUGAAAUAAGCUUUGACAAAGCUGGGAGAUAUCAUUUAUGAAGGAAGCUAGAACUAGUCUUAGUGGCUCAAUUUAAAAACCACUAAUAAUUCAAGAGACGACAUCAAAUUGGAGUGGAUUGAAAUGGUGUCGGCAGGAAGCACAUUUCUCAUGGUUACGAGAGAAGUAGGGUGUGCUGCGCAUCACAUGACUAUCAAUGGAAGCUUGCUUGAUAUGUUGAGCAAUUGAGACAACAGAGCACCUUCCUUACAGAUAUCUGCUUUGCGAGAUACAUCCAAAAAGCGCUAGAGAUAUGGUUCUGUAGGAAUCACCAUCAAAUGGGCAGAUCAUGCCAUCGUAAGAGCAUGUUAAAUUGAUCGAAAUGCCUCUUCAACUCUACCAUUUACGCCGUACUUGAACCACGCAAGUUGUUCUACCGUUAAUGUAUAUUUUAAUGCGCUCAAUUAGCCUCUAAGGAACUUCAAGCUUCCGACAUAUUUCCAAUGCAACAUGACUGCUGUUAA